AUGUGUGACAAGGUCCAUCGCGUUGUUGUGUCCCUCACAGACACAAUGCACAAGUCAGCCAACAGCAGCAAGGAGACACCAAUCGAUAGCGACGUCAAGUUACUGGACAAGACCACAUUGCUCCUACGCUCCAAGAGCGGUACGGAAGCGGCCAAGGCGCCGACGCCGCACUAUUAUCAACAGCUGCAGUUUGACGCUGUUGGCUAUGAGGAAGAUCGACAUGUGCGCUGCGAGCUGAACGGGCUUGUGGAUCAAAUGAUUCGGAAUCAUCGUCACGGAUGUCUCCUGAGGUUGACGCCUCGUCGUUCACAUAAUCUUAAGCUUCUGACGCAUCUAUUGGUAUCGGACUUGGACAAGAUUCUGCUAAAGCUGCCCUACCAAGUCAUUGGUAUCAAUGUGGAGUACUAUGAUGUGCGCAAAUUCGAUAUGGUCAACAUGCUGUUGUGGUCGCAUCGGGGUAAGAUGCAGUCAAGCAAACGUAAUAUGCAGACAACGCGCGAGAUGUUCCAAUGGCUGCACAACGAAUAUGCUGUGCUGCGUGGACGCGGCACUGGCGACGACCACAUCAAUGUGGAAUUUGUGCUCAGUGAAGGCGUCCAUAAGCAGCACAAGGUGCAUCUAUCUAUAUUCGAUAUCUUUGACUGCAAUGGCCGGACGGAUAUUACCAACUUCUUCAAGGCGCUGCCCACCGGUAAGCGCAGCAAGAGUACGCUGCUCACCGACUGCAUCAAGGAAUCGUUUGAUGCCAAGCGACCCAUCUUUACCUUGGUGCUGUGUGAAAUGCCUCUGGAUAAGGAGUGCACACGGGAGAUGCACAAGUUUCUGCAGCUGGCGGACAUGGUCUGUAUGAGCAUUGGCGCUACGCACAGCAAGAUGGAACUCCAGGCAAAAUCCAUCGAAUCCAAGACAUCGCUACACAGCAGAACAAGGAUAAGCAGCAGCAGCAACCAGUCACUAGAUCCGAUUAGGAAAUACUCUCAACGGAACUUGGCCAGCAUGUCGCUCCGUUAUCGUCCGGUGAGCCUCUCCCAUGAGGACUACAGUAAACUUGCCGCCUGGUAUCAUCGCAUUGACACCAAGUAUAACGAAGUUAAGGUCUGCAUGGAACGCCACUACAAUGUCCAGUAUCGCCAAAAAUUUUUGAAACUCUGUAAGCAGCUGAACUCCUACCGCAUCCUGACUGACAAAAGCGGCGGCGAUGCCCAGGGCGUGCUGCUAAAGAAUAGCUCAAGAGAUCUGGCGGCAUCGGCUAAUUAUAUAGAGGCACUUAAGCGAUUUCGCCAAUUGGAAAAGGAGGUCAAUAAGUCCAACUUUGCGCCCACCUUGUCGACUUAUAUGAGCACCAAGAACUACGAGCUUCUUAAUGCGGAGGAGACGCUGCAACAACAGGAAAUAUCAAAUUUACGGGAGCACAGAGACCGGAUAUAAAACACCAGAGUUCUGAUAUUUUGGUUGGGAAUCAUACAAUUGCCUGCUUACUGCCUAGAUCAAAAUAUUCUUCCAAAUGAUUUCUAUGCAGCAAUCAGUCAAAAAGCUGUGAACCCUGCGCAAAACUUCGAAAUAACUUUAAUAUCAGUUUUUGGAAUUUGUCUCUUUCAUUUCAUAUAAGUUAAAUAUAUAUUUUUUGUAAUGAGAAACACGAAA